CCCCCCCAUGAGCCCGAGAGUCAGUCAGUGUUCACAGCAUCAUGGAGAUAACGACUCUGUGCGCUAUCGUAGCCGUCCUGAGAGUCCUCCCCAACAGAUCCCAGUUCUUUCGGUAUGAGUCCGUCAGUCUGAGCUGUGAGCAGCUGGGAGGUUCUACUGGUUGGACGGUCAAGAGGAACACAUCCAAGAACACAAAUGAAGGCUGUUCCAAAGUGUGGGACGGAAAAAUUGAAUCUGAGUGCUUCUCCAAUGAUCUCUACCCAUUCGACAGCGGCGUGUACUGGUGUGAGUCUGCAGCAGGAGAGUGCAGCGACACUGUCAACAUCACCGUUUACCGUGGUUCUGUGAUCCUGGAGAGUCCUGCUCUUCCUGUGAUGGAGGGGGGCGAUGUGACUCUGCGCUGUACAAACAGGAACACUUCCUCCUCUGAUUCUUCUGAUUUCUACAUGACUGAUUCCUCCAAUGUCACCGCUGAAUUCUACAAAGAUGGCCUCUUCAUCAGGAGCAGCUCCACGGGAAACAUGACCAUCCGCGGUGUUUCCAAGUCCAAUGAAGGACUCUACAAGUGCAACAUCCCUGGAGUCGGACAAUCCCCGGACAGCUGGCUGACUGUCCGAGGGGGACGUUCAGAGGAGCCUGAUUCUCCUGGCGUAUGCAUUCUACUUCCUGUCGUGCUCGUGUGCCUCGUGCUGAUUGCGGCGAUUUUUGCGACGCUCUUCUGCCUCUGGAGAAGACGUAAAGAAAUAGUCGACCCUGACGUCCCGUACACCGAUGUAACCAUCACACCGGGAGUCCAACCAAACAGGAUCACAGGUAAAUAAUAAAAAAGUUCCAUCAAAACUAAAUCUAUAUCAAAUAAAGCAGACCAGAAAUACAUCAUUAUAUGACUCCUUUGCUUUAACAACAGAGGGGGGAAGAAACAAGAGAUCAAGUCUCAGAUUUUUAAACAAUAAUCUUCAAUUUAAAAACUAAGCAGAGAGCAGACUUUACAGAUACACCUGUAAAAAAAAACCUCACCUCUCCACCUCAGAGUACAAACCCAGUCACUGUUUCCGUCACGUGAUGACUGCCAUGUGGCUUUGUUGUCAUCUGCCUGGAGAGGAAGUCCCGCCCUCUCUCCAGACCUAUUGGUCCAGCUGGAAGACAUUAGAAACCGUCUCCAUGGUGACAGUUAAACAACAACAGUUGGCCUGAAGCCAUAGCAGCGCUGGAAAUGAGUCACGUAGUAAAUAUUUAAACAGAGUCAGUUUCUAUUUUUACUUUGGUCGACAUGAGAAUUUAAAAAACAGGGAUACACAAGUAGGUCAAACAAACACAGCCUAAACACAGUUA